AUGGUUACAGGGAGACGUAAAUCUGCCCUUUACGCGGAUGAUAAAGGCGGGGAUACAAUAAAGCCGUCUGGCGGGUAUGAAGAGGGAGUGGACUACAAGGAAACUAUGGAAGAGGAGGAACGGGAGAGUAUGGAUUACAUUGACAGAAUGGCUUUUGAUGUCCCAGAUUCUACGCAAGAUGAAUCAAACCAGAGCACAGAUGGAUACUUUGACUGGAAGGGAAUCGCUGAUGAUUCCACACCCGAAAAAGAGAGCGUUUCUGAGAAGGGCAUAGAGAUUUCGGCAGUGCCGGAUGCAUCGCAAGAUGAUGUUAUAAAGACCGCAAAUGUGGAUGGUAAAAAAGUUAAUGAUGUAGAAGUCGGUAACAGACCAAUCAAGAGUGGGUCUGGUAUGGACAUGGAUUUUCAAGUAGAAGAUUAUGAACUCGGAGUUACAAAUGGUCGUCUUAAUGAAUGGCCCUUGGAAUGGGUUCCUGGCGAGAAAGUCUGUGGAUUCUUUCCUAUUUUGAUAGACGAAUACUCUCUGAACCCAUCUCCGCUACAGAUUGGAUUCGAGGAGCCAAUAAGGUUCCGUGGAAAGCAUGUAGAGAGUACCUUUAACUCUAUAGUAGACAAGGUUGGAGACAAGGAGGUGUUUGGAAUGUGUUUUCUCAAUCCAAACUCUGGUCAAUUGGCUCCACUGGCCGUCUACGCCGAGCUUUUGUCCAAGAAGACCAUAGUAGACGGUGGAGGUGAGAGUCUGGAAGUGGUUGGUCGUGUUUUGGGAAGAGUUUUGAUCAACAAGAUACUGCUCGAGGAGCCAUUUAUCAAGGCAAAAAUCUGUCCGAUGGAGGACAAACCAGGCCUAGAAAAUCCCGAUAACAUUCCCAAGAUUGUUGACGAAAUUACAAAUCUGUACGGACUCUGCAAUGAGCUUGAGGCUCAAAUUAUGGAGCUCAUAGAACAGCCAUACGCCGUUAUUAGGAUCAAUAACAGGAAACCUCUAUUCAAUAUUAUCGAUGAACGACUUGGCAAGUUUAUGGUUGACCCAAAGGCAGUUAAUCAAGGCUUUGCUCAGAUCGCCGCCUAUGCAGCAUUUGACCAUCACCUCAGUGCCUGUGAAAGAUACGAUGCUCUGGUCAUGCAAAACUCGGAAGAUCGACUUCGCUUUGUCAGAGACCACCUCAAGAUCAAGAUUAGACAGCUCACCAUUCUGAAGAACGCCCCUAGGGAUCGUCUCGAGGAUCUUGUCAAGCAUUUUAGAGACAUUAGAUACUCCGAGGAGUCUGCAAGAGAUGCUGGCAAAGCGAUCGCAGACAAGUACUCCGUGGACCUUGGACUUGACCAGUGA